UGUUGUUCUUCCGGUACUCUUCGUCAUCAGAAAUGGCUUCUCUUGACAGGGUAAAAGUGUUAGUUUUAGGAGAUUCUGGGGUUGGCAAAUCUUCCUUAGUCCAUUUAAUAUGUCAGAAUCAGGUUUUUGGAAAUCCAUCUUGGACUGUUGGCUGUUCUGUGGAUGUGCGGGUUCAAGAUUACAAAGAAGGAACCCCUGAGGAGAAAACUUUCUACAUUGAGCUAUGGGACAUUGGAGGAUCAGUUGGCAGUGCCAGCAGUGUCAAAAGCACCAGAGCAGUCUUCUACAAUUCAGUAAAUGGAAUAAUAUUGGUACACGAUUUAACAAAUAAGAAAUCUUCCCAAAAUCUCUACCGCUGGUCAAUGGAAGCUUUGAAUAAGGAUUCCUCCCCAACAGGAGUCAUUGUCUCAAAUGGUGAGUAUGACAGAGAACAGUUUGUUGAGAACGCAGUGCCUUUGCUGCUGAUCGGAACAAAGUUUGACCAGAUUCCAGAGAACAAACGCAGUGAAGUUCUCACUAGGACAGCCUUCCUUUCUGAAGAUUUUAAUGCAGAGGAGAUCAAUCUCGACUGCACAAACCCAAGAUACUUUGCUGCAGGCACAUCAAAUGCUGUGAAACUUAGCCGUUUCUUUGAUAAGGUAAUAGAGAAGAGAUAUUUCACCAGAGAUUCAAGUCAGAUGACAGGCUUUACUGACAGAAAAAGGUUCAGCUUCAAAAGUUUGCACUAUGACUGAGUUCCAUGAAUGCAACAGUGGUGGUCUGUGGUUUUUUUAUUUUAUUUUUUUUUUUACCAACACAUCUGUGGGUUGACAUGUUGGAGACCAGCCGUAGCAACAUAAACAACCUCACCUCCGCCUCUUUCUGUUAUUUUAUAUUCUUUUGACCUAAAUGUGAACUCAAAAAAGAAAUUUAAUGUAAAUUGGGAAUACAUCUUUUAGAUAAUAUGCAAGGUGUAUUAUUUGGGAGUAUCUUUUUAUUUUAAAUGAACUACUUAUUUUUUUUCUAUCAUCAGCAAAUCAUCUUGUCCACAAACAAAACACUUCUAUCAGGUUUUUACAUGUAGAUUUUACUAAACUUUCCAUUAAAUGAGGUUGCCUCAGCCUUUCAUCACUUUUUCCAUCCACUGCAGAAAGGAACGAACUUUAGUGAAAACAUGUGGAUGCUUUGGAUCAUCACAUUUUUCUUUAAAAGUAUAAGCAGCUAUUCCUUGAACCUUGGAGUCGCAAAUAAGAGGUCCCCCAGAAUCUCCCUACAAAAGACAAGAAAAAGACUUGAUUAGGUUUUCAAAGGAACCAGCUCUUCUUUUCUAAUGAAAUGCUUUGUUUUUCAUAUUUUCAUCAUGGUAUGUAUUCCUUGAUUACCUGACAUAUUCCUCCCGUCUUUUUGUUAAACUUGGUGCAGAUCAUAUGUGUGGAAUUGAAAUACAUUUUCCAGAUAUGUUUGCACUCAAAGCUGAAUUGGAUACUCUCUGUGGUCUCCAUCAGAACAUCUGAAGAAGGUUUUUCUGGUCCAGUACUUCCCCAGCCAGCCACUUCACAAUUUGUGUUGGCAGGAAUGUCCUUGUUUUUUGUUGCUAAAUCAAUUGUCGCUACAUUGUUGUUGACUUUGGCAUUUCUUUCCAACUGUUGAGAGAAUACAUUGUGGAGAAGAAAAACAUUAUAAUUAGAAUUACUGUAAACUCAAAGCUGUUGUCUUAAGGAUUUUUUCUGUGUCAUUUCCAAAAAUGUUCCCUUUGGUCUCAAAUAUGUUUGAGCCUUUUUUUUUUAAGCUGGUUUGUAUAAAAAAAAUGUGCAGCACAAUUAUGUGAUUACAGCAGAUCUCAGAAGUGUACACACCGCCAGAUUUAAGCAUCAAAGAAUUUGAUACAUUUUUUGAACAUUUGGAAACAUUGUCCACCUUUUAUUUGACAGACAUGUGUUGGAGUAAAAAAAUACAAAAUAAAAGUUGCAUACUGUUCAACUCA